AUGAUCUCCCAAAGUAGAAGCCAAGCUUUGAUACCAAAUUAUGUAGCCAUAUCUUGGGAUAUGUAUAAACUCCCGCCAACCUUUUGGAAGAGCAAGAGCGCGGGAUUGCCAUCCGACAGCGACGUCGUCAUCUUGAACGGACCUUUUGGCGGUUCCUGGUCGGUUCAAGUAUCUCAAUCUGGCCACGGGAUAUUUCUCGCAGAAGGGUGGAAGCAGUUCUAUGACGAUCACAGUUUGGUGCAGUACGAUCUGGUUCUGUUCAAGAGUGCCGGAGAUUCAAGGCUCGACGUGCAAAUCUUCGGCGACAAUGGGAUUGAGAAGACAAAAGAGCAUCCUCCUGUUCAAGAAGUUCCCAUCGUGAAGAGGAAGAGAGACAGACCACCUAAAAAUAGAGAUGCUACCAAUAAUCCACCACAACCAGCUGUUGAAGAAGUUCCGGUCGUCAAGAGAAAUAGAGGUAGACCACCUAAAAAUAGAGAUGCUACCAAUAAUCCACCACAACCAGCUGUUGAAGAAGUUCCAGUCGUGAAGAGGAAUAGAGGUAGACCACCUAAAAGUAGAGAUGCUACCAAUAAUCCGCCACAACCAGCUGUUGAAGCAGUUCUGGUCGUCAAGAGGAAUAGAGGUAGACCACCUAAAAAUAGAGAUGCUACCAAUAAUCCACCACAACCAGCUGUUUCAGUCACAGGGCUUCAAGUCCCUCAAGCUGAAGUACCAGCUUUGAAGAAGGAAAGAGGACUUGAAAACGCUCGAGCACAAGUUCCUGUUGUGACGGAGGAAGAAGGUGGAACCUUUGAAAAUAAAGACACUUCUAAUCUUACUUCUACUCUCAACGGUAAGAUUAAUUCCUCAGCAGAUCCUGCACCACCUAUUGAAGGGCUUGAAAACCCUCAGGUACAAGUUCCCGAUGUGAAGAAGAAGAGAGGAAGACCCUUUAAAAAAAAAUACGCUUCUAAUCCUACUUCUAUUGCCAAUGGCCAUACUAGUUUCUCAGCCGAUCCUACACCAUUUGUUGGAGAGAUAGGAGUUGAAUACCCUCAAGCUCAAGUUCCUGGAGUGAAGGAAAAGAAAGGAAGGUCCUUUCAAAAUAAAGAUACUUCUAACCCUACUUCUAUUGUGGAUGGAAACAUUAAUUCCUCGGUAGAUUUUGCACCACCUGUUGUAGGAGUUGAAAACUCUAAAGCACAAGAUCCUGUUGUGAAGAAGACGAAAGGCGGACUCCUUAAGAACAAAGACGCUUCUAAUCCUAACUCUACUGUCGAUGGCAACUCUAAUUCCUUGGUUCAUCUUGCAGUAUCUGUUAAAGAACUUGCAAAACCUCAAGCUACAGUACAUGUUGAGAAGAAGAGAGAUAGAUCCUUUAAAAACGAAGAUACUACUAAACGUAUUUCCAAUGUCAACCGCGAUGCAAAUUCUUCAGCAGAUCCCGCACCACCUCUUGCAGAAAGAGGCCCUAAUAACGAUCAACAAGCUAUGGCUACCUCUUCAAGUUCAAGUAAGGAAGCCAUGCUCUCCAGCAGGAAAGGAAAAAUUUUGUCUCGAUAUGCUGAAUCAUAGAGGAAACGAAACCAGUAGCUGCACUGGAUCCCAUCUAAAGAAGAAAUUGGGAGAACCAAGAAAAAGUGUGGAUCCAAUCUUUUUUCACUUUUUGUGCUCUUCGGAAACGAAUUAAUCAAAAGGAUUUGGAUUGUUGUUAUUUGCAGUUUUCUUCAUAUUUGGAUACUUGAUUAUGUCUUUAUCCAAUAUUCUUAAAGAAAUUUGAAACCAAAUGUUUGAUAUUUUUUUUUUCCUUCACGAUCUUCUCAAACAAAAUUAUUAAUCAUUUUCUUUUUCUUUUGGUUUCAUCUUGACAAGAUGUGAAGUCUAAUCAAAAUUUGUACCUAGUAUGGUGCUUGAGACAUAUUUUUCAUAAUUAAGUCAUUAGUCUUUACAUAACUCUAUAAUUGCG